CACAUUUUAGUCGACGGAGAAUCACACAUCUUAUCCGUCCAAGCAAACCUAAUAGAUGGAGUUAAGUGAGAUAACCCGUUAAUUUAAGACAUAAUACAACGCAUAUUAAAUACUUUAUGUUAAAGUUCUUCCAUGUGAGAUGUAUCUCUUAUUUUACUCUGUCGGAAUUUUGUUUUUAACUUUAUUUGUGCGGUUACUUCGUCCAUAAAUCUGUCUGCACGCUUGUUGUGGAUUGUCCCAACAAAAUGACUCUUCCAGCUUUGCAAAACACCGGCGUGAUUUACAGGAGGAUCCUGUCACACUUUCCUCAGGACAUUAGCUUAGCUUUUGUGUACGGAUCUGGUGUUUUUAAACAGCAUGGGACCAGCCAAGGUCAAAUGGAGAAAAACAUGCUGGACUUUGUGUUUGCGGUGGACGACCCAGUGACAUGGCACACCAUGAAUUUGCUUCAGAAUCGCAGACACUACUCCAUCCUGAAGAUACUAGGGCCCACCAAGAUCAGCUCCAUACAAAAUGACUAUGGAGCUUCUGUUUACUACAACACACUCGUGCCCGCUGAUGGAAGGAUAAUUAAAUAUGGGGUGAUUAGCACGGACUCAUUGAUUGACGACCUCAUGCACUGGAAGACCAUGUAUGUUGCUGGACGUCUUCACAAGCCGGUAAAAAUGUUGGUACAGAGCGAGAACGGGAAGCUCCGUGCUGCUCUGGUAUCCAACCUGAAGAGCGCGGUUAUGGCCUCCUUCCUUAUGCUGCCAGAAAGCUUCACAGAGGAAGAACUUUUUCUGCAGAUUGCUGGACUUUCUUAUGCUGGAGAUUUUCGGAUGAAGAUUGGGGAGGACAAAUCCAAAGUGUCCAAUAUUGUCAAUGACAACAUUCAGCAUUUUAGGAUUCUUUACAGCAACAUCCUCCGGGACUGCCCUCAGGUGGUCUACAAACCUCCACAAGGAAGACUUGAGGUUGACAAAAGUCCUGAAGGCCAAUUCAUCCAGCUGAUGGCGCUGCCCAGAACUCUUCAGCAGAGGAUCACAAAGCUGGUUGACCUUCCAGGGAAAAACCGGGACGUGGAGGAGAUCCUGCUGCAGGUAGCUCAGGACCCCGACUGUGGAGCUAUGGUGCAUCAAGGUAUCUCAUCUAUUGUUAAAUCAUCCAGCAUAACACAGAGUAUCAAAGGCAUUGCUACAGCUGGUUUACGGAAGACCUUCUCCUACAGCUCCAAAAAACUGAUGAAGAUGUGGAAGGGCUGGAAGAGGAAGCAGUCAGCCUCACAGAUCUCCUGAUGCAGAUUACUAGGAAUUUUUCACUUCUUAGCUAUGUUUUGUAUCACUUUGUGUGUUUGGUGUGGAAGUCUCUCUGCACUUGUCCCGUCCCAUUAAACCUCCGAUGGCUGCAGAAGAAACCAUUACAUUUCCAGAAACAAGACUGAAAAUGGGGUUUAUCGUUGCACAUACGGCCAUCAGAUACUGCUGAGAGGGUCACAGGAAAACUCUGCUGAUAAAAAGGUCACUGAACCUGUGUGAACAUGUACCUGAAUAAGUUUGGGUUCAGUUAAGUAUUACAUUUUUGUGUUUUUUUGUUUUUUUUUUCUAUUGAUUGUGGGUCCUGCUUUGGGUUUCAUCCCAGGCAGUCACUUUGCCAAAGAUUUGUUGAAUUUGUAUAUCUUUCCUUGUGUUUUUAUUCAUUCACUGCAGUUUUCCAAUGGGAAGCUGCCUCUACUGGAUUUACACUGCAAUUAUAAAAUGAUGCAGUAAAAAUAAUUUAUAAAAAAGUUUAUUAAACCAGGUUUUAAAACACAGCAACAAAUCAGCUGCUUAGUUUGGCUUUGCAUAUAUGUUCAGUAAAAGCUGAAGCUCCUGAUUUAAGAAAGGAGAAUUUUGAACUGACAUUAAUAUCUCUACUCAGCUUCUUCAUUGCAUUUCAAGAGAGUGUUUCUGCCUUCUAGUAAAAGGCUUUGGUUAUCAUUAAUGUAAAACUAAACUCUAGUUGCUCAACACACAGUACUCAACACCUACCGUGUUCUAGUGAAAUCAGAUUACACAGACAUGGAUUUUUUUAUUAAUCAUUUUUGUUAUGUUGUGAUUUUUCAAAGAAUAAAAUCAUGUUUAAUUUGUUUCAUAACAGUUUUUAGUGAAGUGCAGUGGGAGGUAGGAGACCAUUUUGUACGUCAGUGGGAUCAGGCAUAAUUGGUUAACGGAUUCAUGGGAAAAAGAAAGUAUACCCUGUAAUAAGGUCAAGUAUCAGAACAUAAUAAAAGUUAUCUGCUCCUUGUCAAGUUUAAAGAUUAUUCAAACACAUAUGACAGAUUUCUGCUUUUUGUUAAAUUUAAAACAAAAAUGACAAAAAAAAAACGGGUAUAGAAAAAAAUAUUUUGAGCAGCAACAAUGUAAAGUAGUAAAUUUAUUGCAUGACAUAAUCAGACUAGUGCCAGAAUGUUUGGUCAUCUUUUUCAAAAGUUUAAUGUUACUACUUCUGAUUUUUUUUUAGGUCCUGCGAGAGCAUUUUUAAUUUGCUGAGGCACGGACUUUGAGCCAUUGAUUUUCUUUUUCUGACAUUCAUUCAAAAACUGCUCAUUUAUUCUAGAAUAUAAUUCAAGAAUACCUACCUAUGCAAGUUUCAAUGUUUAACUCCAGUGAAAAAAGUUGUAAACUUAAUUUUUUUUUUGCCUAACGGUUUUGUUCAAUGACCGGCUUCUGCGGUUUGCAUCAUGAACGGAUGAUCUACAAAUGACACUAGGCCAAGUCUGAAAUGCCACAAUAACAAAUGUGAACUUCCUACCCACUGGUAAGAAGUGGGUAGGAAAUUCACAUUUACUGCUUUGAACACAUUUAAAGCAGUAUACAGCAGAAUGAAUCUAAUGCACUGAAGUCAAUGAAACAAAAUAGAAAACAGUGCUGUGACAGUGAUACAGUUCAGUGAGUCAUCUAACCACUUGCGUUUGUUUUGUCCACCUAACAGCAUUACAUCGUGAGUCACACUUUACUAAUGGACACCUGAGUCAUCUUACAGCACUGGAAACGCCUUUUUCUUUUCUCUUUAACUGUAAUUCACCAGCUAUUACUCUAUGUUUCUUGGAUGCAUGUUUCUUGUUGGUCAACAUUUUUGUAGAACCAUGUUAUGCAACUGUUCUGUUAAAGACAGAAGACUAAGGUUGCUGAAUCUUUUUGUAUUGGCUCUUGUGACCUAUGCUUGAUAGUGAAUUGACUGGAGUGAGAGAUAGAAGAAGACAUGUGGGGAAGGUUACCAGGCCAGAACUUGAACCCGCGACAUCCGCUUUGAGGACUAAGGUCUCCACAUGUGGGUCAUCCCCAACCCCUGCAUCACCACAGCACCCCACAUGUGAAAUUGUGCUUCAUGGCUUGUGGACUUCUUGUGGCUUCCUUUGAACAAUGGUGUGCUUUGUGCACGUUUUCCAUAUAAAACACACACUGGAGUACAUGAAAAAUAUAAAUCCUACCAACAUAUUUCACCCACUUGAUCUCUACUCCUUGUCCCUACCAGUUAUCAUGGGCAUCUUUGUUCUGGAUUUCAUUUUUGAGUGUAAGGGUAAAUUGGGUUGAAUCCAAAUACAAUUCAAAUAUUGAUGUUCAUGACUGCAUAAACAUAAAUGCGGUAAAGUUGAAUGGGGGUAGAGGUGCUAAUACUCCAAUAAAACCCUUUUUAAAGACUAGAAUAAUAUACUUUUAAAUGUCCCAUCUUGGGAAAACUACUUUCUGUAGAUGUAGAACUGAAAUAAAUGUCUCAGCAGCAGAUUAACACCUUG